AUGGCACCACCCAAACCGACUGUCGAGCACACGAUCGACCGUACGCCAGAAUAUGAGAAGUUCAUCGAGGAACUGCGCGACUUCCAUGAGAAGCGUGGCACUACUUUGGAUCCCGAGCCAAAAAUGGGAAACUUCACGGUCGACUUGUUAAAGCUCUUCAAUUACAUUGUGGAGCACGGCGGUUACGACAAGGUGUCUGACGAGAAACUCAUGUGGCGGAAGAUGUGCGAGGGUUUGGGGUUGAUGCGGCAUAAUGCUCCUGCCGAUGCCUAUACUUUGAAACAAAUCUUCUACAAAAAUCUUGCCGCCUACGAGAUCAAGACAGUGCACAACAAGGAACCUCCCCCGCCGGAAAUUCUCGAGUUUACCACAGCCAAGGGAGGCUCCCUGCUUACUCGUACUCUCGAAACCUUCCACGCCAGAGCGAAAGCCGAUCGUGAGGGCUCGAAUGAAGAUGGGACUCCGAGUAGAGAGCGACGCCCCGAAGAAACUCCCACUUCUGCCCGAGCUUCUCGUGGGCUCCGCGAAGCUCCUGCCCCACGAGUCAUCUUUCACCCCGACACUAGCUCAUCGCGACCGACCCGCCACGCUUCAGGCCAACAAUCUGGGGCGUCCGGAUCCGCAGCGCAAACUCCGUCACAAUCGCAACAAAACCCACAAUCACAGAGCGGUACACCGAUCGCAAUGCAUCAAAGCCACCAACAAUCCAAUCGUGGGGCUCCCGCGCUGGGCUAUAAUCCACCCGGGCCCGACAUGACGAACCCCCUUGUUCAGAGCUAUCAGCCGCAGCCUCCACAGCAGCUGCCCCUCCGUGUUGUCGACACCCCGUCGAGCAAUCCAGAUUUGUUCGCCAAGAAGCAACGGCUGCUCCAUCAACCUGCCGCACCUACUCACAACGCUGCGGCGCUUGUCCGCGCAUCUCUUCCUCCUGGGACGCUUGACGGCCCUAACAUUUACGAGCGUUGCCUUCUGUCUCUACGUUCCGGUAUCCAGGCGGAGCAAGCGUUUGGUUUGAAUCAUUUGGUCAAGAUAUCCUUCGAGCGUGGCGACAAGUACAAGUUCUCGCAAUUCAGUGGCCUUGCUGAGGGUUUGACUGAGUUCGCACUUAGUGUUGGGAAUCUGUUUUACGAAGUGGACUGGGUGAUCUCGAAUGAUCCAGAAUAUGAGGAGGGCGGCAUUGGUGAGCUCGACGGCAUUAAUGGCACCGCCGACAUUCUCGACAGAAUCGCCCAACUCAAGCCCAAGGACGUUCACGACAACUUCCAACCGGCUGAGUUUACGGACCAGUUGACGUUGAUCACUGAAGCCGUUCUGACGAUAAGGAACAUGGUCAUGUUGACCGAAAACGCGUGGUACAUUGCCGACUACCCGCCUGUCAAGGACCUGCUCUGCAUCCUUCUUCACCUCCCGCAGCUUGACAUUGUCGUCGAGCUGAAACACUCGGCUCUCGAUAUUGCCGAGCAAAUCACCCCAUACUUGGUUUUGGACUCCGAUGACCCGCUGUACCAAACCCUCCUUCUACAGCUGCAGUCAUCAGACCGCGGUAUCAUCCUUACGGCCCUGCGUGCAAUCAGCCGCAUUGCCAUGAAUCACCCGACCGAAACGAACAAGCUAGGCGGAGUCCCCGCAAAGACACUCCGCUCCCUCUUGGACUGGCUGAUGCUCAAUGACGACGAGCUCGUGGAUGCCUGUUUGGAUUUCCUCUACCAGUACACGGCCAUUGUUUCGAACCUCGACGUCAUGUUGGAAGGUACUGACGUUGAGCAUCUCGUCAUUCAUCUCGUCCGCCUACUAUCUCACGGAGCCAAGCGCGUGCAGCGGGAGCUGGUUGUUAGCGACGCUCGUCUUGUGUAUGAGCCAGCCUCGGAAAGGGUCGUCCCUAUCCCUAGAGAUCUACACGAUCGGCUUCUUGCGAUGGAAGAACCUGAGCGAUGCUUUGCCUGGCUUCGGUGCUUCUUUGAGGAAGACCCCGAGGCUCAGAUCACCCAGAUCGCCAUCUGGCAAGCGUACAAUGCAUCCUUCCUCGAGUCCCUCAAGCGGAUGGGCCGACCCAUGAUUAACGCGCCGGAGUUCAUUCGUCACAUAAGCACUGUCCAUCAGAACGCCGGGGCCCAGGUCAUUAGGGAAGCCAAUGGGGAAUCGCAGAAGUUCAUUAUGCGGGGCAUCCGUCCCAGGGCGUUCCCCAUCGACACGGACGGUCGCGGCUACUUCCAAUGCCAGUGGCGCGGCGCUCCAAGCCAGCACAUCGGGUGUGGCAUGUGGAACACCACAGCCGAGAAGAUGUGGCUGCAUAUCCUCACGGACCACCUCAAAGAGGCUCCUGGUGAGGGAAGCAAGUUCCAGAACCGCGAAGCCGCCUUCGUCUGUGCCUGGGAUGGUUGCUCCAAGUACACCCAACCGACGACCCUCUACCUCGCGCAGUUCAUGGCCCAUGUCAAAUCGCAUCUCACGGCUGAGGAAGCCCGCCGCGCCACCGAAGUCUCCGCCUCCGCUCCGGCACACCCAUCCGCCGACCCCACGACCGGCGCCACUACUUCUCCUUCCAAACAACGCUCCGGCUCCGUCUCUUCCAACACCGCGGCUCCGGUUUUGAACAGCAACACGCGCGUCGUCCGCCCGGCCAAGACGAUUUCGCUGAUGUACGAGGAGACGGCGUCAGCACGCGACGAGCGCAACCCGCAGGCGCCCCCCCAGGCGGCUGGAAUCCCGUUGUCGGCGGCAUUGAUCCUGAGGAAUAUCGCGCGAAAUGUGGUCAAAACGGCAGCAGAGGAGAAGUUGCGGGGUCAGAAGGCGAGCGGAAGCGGAAGCGGAAGUGGAAGCGCAUCAGAGGGCCCUGCGAUUGCAGCCGAAUCCGAUAUUUCCAACACCGUGACAAUGGAGACAGGCGGCUGGAAUGAGAGGCUGUUCCGGCCCGUUAUGCCGCGGCUAUGGGAGGUGUUUACGGAGAACAGGCUGCUGGCGCCGUAUGUGACGAGCCUAUUCCAGUUGCUGGAUAGGGAGAGGGAGGGGUUCAACUCGAGUGUGUAG